AUGGCUACUCAGACUGCCGAGAAGCCGGACAAGAUGGCUACCGUCGCGAUGCCACAAUUAAGUUCCCAUCCGCUUUCCGGCCCCAUCCCGGCCGCGUCCGAGCCUGUCCGGCCCGCUGCCGUUGAUGAUGUGGUCAUGGAAAUGCCCACUUGGCGCAAGUGGGUUACAUUGUUCGUCGUCUGCUGGAUGGCCUUGCCGGUUACUUUCUCGGGAAGCUCGAUCUUGACAGCGACGAAAGAGGUCGCUGCGGACUUUGGUGUUUCAACACAUGCAAUCAGCACGGCUAACGCCGGCGUUUUCAUCGCCAUGGCCCUGUCGGCUUUGAUCUGGCUCCCAACCAGUAACAUCCUGGGCCGAAGGACCGCGUACCUGCUGGCAAACUCUCUGUUAACUCUGUGCUCGAUCGGAUCUGCGCUGUCCAACAACUUGGCUUGUUUUACCGCCAUUUGGGUCAUUGGAGGAACAACGGGUCCCUUUUUCCUGGUUGCGGGACAGACUAUCUUGGCAGACAUCUUUGAGCCUACAACUCGAGGUACCGCUGUAGGGUUCUUCCUUGGAAGCUGUGUUGCUGCAAACACAAUAGCACCUUUGACUGGCGGCGUCAUUGUUGCAUUCGCCAGUUGGAGGAUCAUCUAUGGCGUUCAGGCGGGAAUGACUUUCAUCGGCCUGAUCCUAGCGUAUUUCUUCGUCCCCAGAGCAAGCGAGCUCACGCACCUGAAAGUUCCUGAGAAGGCCCCUGUUCAUUCUUUCAGAGAGGUGAUGCAUGCAUUCAACCCCAUGGGUGUUUUGAGGGCUUUCAAAUACCCCAACAUUCUGGCAGCAAAUGUCACCUGCGGCUUGCUGGGCUUCAACCAGUAUGGUCUUCUUAGUUCCGUCCGACGCGUCAUCAACCCUCGUUUCGGCCUGACGUCACCCUUGAUCAGUGGCCUUUUCUAUCUGGCACCAGGCGCCGGUUUCUUGUUGGGUAGUACUCUCGGAGGAAGACUCUCGGAUCACACCGUAAAGAGGUACAUCCGCAAGCGCAACGGACUUCGUCUGCCUCAGGAUAGGUUGAGGGCCAGUCUGCCGGCAAUCUUUGUAAUCUUGCCGGUCGGUACGCUUUUGUAUGGCUGGAGUGUGCAAAAGGAGGUUGGUGGCAUGCCGCUACCGAUUAUCAGUUCCUUCGUGCAGGGUCUCGGACUCAUGUGGUCAUUCAGUGGUCUCAACACGUAUUCAGCCGAGGCUCUUCCGGAGCAUCGCACAGCUGUGAUCAGCGGCAAGUAUAUCAUUCAAUACAGCUUUGGAGCUGGUGCUGUUGGUGGUCUGGUCCCCAUGAUUGAUGCCAUCGGGGUUGGAUGGGCUUUUACUAUCACUGGUCUCGGGGCUCUUCUAGGAGGUGUCCUAGUGUUGAUGAUUGCACUAUUUGCAUCAAAGGCACAAAACUGGGUAGAUAAGGUUGGAAGUGAAGAUGAUGAGUAA